AUGGAGGUAUUCCAUACGAUUGAGCGGCAGGUGCCCGUUCCAGUGCCCGUAAUUCAGCAGACUUUCAAUUUCAUCAACACGAAAAUGUAUCGCUCUGCAGUAAAGCUAGCAAGGAAUGUCAACUUGCUUGCCCGCAGCUUUUCGGUUCAACAACCACAGCUCAACAGUCGAGCCUUGAUUACUAUCGCCUCUUGCAAGCACAAUCUUGCGCUAAACAACUUUCAACAACAGCGACUGUUUUCUUCUGAAACGCUUGAGAAAGAGUUUCAAACAGCAGUAGCCAGUCUCCAGAAGGUGAACGGCGAUGUAGACAAUGAACAAAAGCUGAAGCUGUACGCCUUGUACAAGCAAGCGACCAAUGGGCCUUGUGCUGGUGAGAAGCCGUCAAUGUUUAACGCCGUGGAGAAGGCAAAGUGGCAAGCUUGGAGCAGUUUGGGCGAGUUGUCAUCGGAAGAGGCAAAGAAGAACUACAUUUCAAUUGUCGGUGAACUGAUCGCCGCUGCCGGUCCUGCUGCUUCAUCUGCUGAAGAAGAGCCUGGUUUGGUGUUUGAGUCGAAAGAUCACGUUUACUGGAUUAAACUGAAUCGCCCAAAACAGUACAAUGCCAUUACUCGUGAAAUGUAUGACGGUAUCGUCGAAGCUCUGAAGCGAGCCGGUGAAGAUCCAGAAGUCAAGUUUGUAGUUUUGACUGGAACUGGAAAGUAUUUCUCAAGUGGAAAUGAUCUGAAAAACUUUACAAAGGGUCUUCAAGAAACGGGAGGAGACAUUGAAAAGUCUACUCAACUUGCUCGUGAUUUGCUGCUGCGCUUUGUGGCUGCUUUUAUUGACUUUCCCAAACCUUUGAUUGGCGUAGUGAAUGGACCUGCUUUUGGCAUAAUGUUCACCACUUUGGGACUGUACGAUGCUGUUAUUGCCUCAGACACCGCCUCGUUCACCUGUCCCUUCUCUGCCCUUGGCCAAUCACCUGAAGGCUGUUCAACGUACACUUUUCCUCGAACUUUUGGCACUUCAUUGGCGUCAGAGCUGCUGUACUUUAACUACGUGAUGCCGGUAGAAGAGGCUCAUCGUCGAGGUUUUGUCUCUCGUGUAGUACCCUCUGAUAAGCUUGACUCUCACGUUAAUGAGUGGCUCUACGGAGAGAAGGGCCUAGUGAAGACGUGUUAUCCAAACUCGAUGAACAACGCCAAAGGAUUGGUGAUCAAUGAAGAAACACGCUUGAUGCUGCACGAAAUUAAUAAGGUCGAGUGCGAUGUGCUCCAGCAAAGCUGGAAGUCAGAAGAGUGCGCCGAAGCAUUGCAAAAGUUUUACACUCGAAAGUCGAAAUAA